UUACCCUACCUUUAACCUUACCACAAUACAAUCACUCUACCCUACCUUUUACCCUUUAGCAGGUAAGGUAAAAGGUAAAACGCAACGAGCUUACCUUUACCCUACCUUUUACCCUUACCCCAUAAAAAUUACCCGAUUACAGGGUAAUUACUAGGGAACUACUACACAUGAACAAGGUUUAUAACGGUCAAUGCUAGGUAGAGCACUUUAAUCAUGUAGAAUACUCUCGAUGAUUCCAAUGUUGCAGGCUUUCAUUUAACUCACUCUGUUGUGGUUGUCGUUGUUGUAUCCUCUAAUCUUGAAACUCAAUUUUUACCCACUUCUUAAUGUGGUAUCGACUGCAAACUUGGUAUACUUAGGUCAUACUGAUGACAAUACUAUAUUCUAUCAUAAAAAAUAUAUGUUUUUAAACAUUAUUUUGUAUAUGUUAUGUUUCGGCUUGGGUCUAACUGUCCACGCUCAACUGACGUUGGCUGUAAAUCACCACGGUCCCUUACGUUAUGGCAAGCCUCGGGGCCACUUCCUGGAGUCGUGGAGUUAUGCCAUUACUCGUAAAUUUUAUAAAAGCGUGUUUUUGAUAAAGUUUUUUUUAAUAUUGCUUAUUAAAUGUAGGCCACGGACUGCGCCACGGAGCUUUUAGCGGUAAACAAGGUACCGUAUUUACCGGGUAAUACUUUGCGCUUCCUUUAGCCUACCGGGUAAUUCUUCCGAGCUACCUUUACCCUGUUACCCUUUACCUUACCCCUUGGCAUGUCGACAUCUUUACCCCUUUACCCGGUAAAAUAAGGUAAAUUACCUUACCUUGCCGAGGCCUAGUGGGUAGGUGGGGAAGUGGGUGAGUGGGUGGGUGAAACAGGAUGCGUAGCCGGGUGUGUGCUGCUUGGCACCCGAGGGGUGCUGAGCUGUCACCUAACCGGCUCUCCCGGGACGCUGCGAGGAUUUGUUGGCUGCAAAAUCCGCGGCGGAUCGCGCUGCCUGCCUGGCCUGGAGCCACUGCGCCUCACUGAGCACUGAGUCGUCCCUGCUGCUGCACCGAGGAAUGAGCCAACUGGGGUGUAGCGUCCAAGGCAUUCGUUAUCUGCUGUGAACAACCCGCAGAGCCCAGGAGAGCGUCUCCAGGUUCAAGCGGCGUUUAGAGUUCAGUAUUUAGAUUAUUUGGCUGCUAUGCAUUUCCAAUCUGAUGAGCCACUUUGUUGAGCUGUCAUUUGUGAUGGGCAGGUCGCUUUGGAAAAUAAGCUAAUAGCUCAGUGGGGCAUUACACCUGGUAAGAUAAACCAUUGUUUAGUUUUAUUGGUAAAAAAAUAUUGCAAUCAUGGUGAACGCCGAUGGGCAUCUGUGUUGCUGCGUGUGCAUGCGUGUUGAGUAGCCGUGCGUGUGAAUAUGAAACAACAACGCAGGUGAAGCAAGCGGUGGGUGCGGCUGUGAAUGGCUGACACGGGGAUCUGCAGUCUCGGACAAGGUGAGAGUGAGAGACGGUGACAUCGCCAGCAGUGGGUGAUGGAGGCAGGUAGAGUUGGUGAUAGAUUCAUACUGCUAGCAAAUGACUCAAGAUUCCAGGAUCUGUCUCGGGAGGCUACACGUAUUUUUUUUUUAUUAAUACGCGCUUUCUUUUAACUCACUCUGUUGCCGUUGUUGUAUCCUCAAAUCUUGUAACUCAAUUUUAACCCACUUACCAAUGUGGUAUCGACUGCAGACUUGGUAUACUUAUGUCACACUAAUGACAAUGCUAUAUUCUAUCAUAAAAAAUAAAAAUAUCAAUAUUUUUAAACAUUCUUUUUUAUAUGUUAUGUUUCGGUUUGGGUCUAAUUGUCCAUGGUCAACUGACAUUGGCUGUAAUUGGCCACGGUCCUUACGUCAUGGCAAGCUUCGGGGCCACUUCCUGGAGUCGUGGAGUUCUGCCAUUACUAGUACAUUUCAUAACAGCGUGUUUUAAAAACUUUUUUUAAUAUUACUUAUUUUUCUGAUGCCACGAUGACAUUCAAGCAACUUGUCACGUUGGGGUAAUUACACGGAGAUGUAGUUACAAGACAUCAUGAGAUAUCUACAACUAUGCCAACUAUUUAUUUUAAUUUUAGCAGGUAAGACUCACUGAGCUGUGUAGCUAUUUUUCAGAAACGAUCUGGCCACAAAUGAUGGCUUAUCACGUGGAAAUGUAUUGCAGCCAACUACUCCAAACGCGUGAUGUUGAUUGUAAAUGCGGAGGGAAAACUGGAGGACCCGGAGAAAAAUUCACGUGACCACGGAGAGAGACGCAAACUUUAAAUAAAAAGCAGGCGUCAGGAUUGGUAUCAAACCCACGACCUCCUGUAUAACGGGCGAGGGAGAUAACAUCUUUCCACCAACUUGCUGUAGAAGGAUGAGUUUAUCUCUCGACACUCAUCUCACGAAUGAGCCACCGCAGCUGAGCCUCACAGAUGUAUAUUAACAACAGCACUCAUUUAUUUAAAUGUCAAGGUGUGUACAGUAGCCGUGUUCACCAUUGAGGCUGCUGUUUGCACACCUCAGGGCGUGGGUUCACAUUCCAGGCAGUGUCUCGUGAUGUCAGUGACGACAAUGAAACUAUUUUCAGCAUUUUACUUCCUUCUUCACCGUCGCUAUAAGAGACAGGUCCUGGUCCAGCGUCUCUCUGAGCCACACAGCGAGCGAUCCAAGCGAAGCCAUGGGUCAUGGCGAGCGCGACUCCCAGUGAGAGUGUAGAUAGCGAGCUGCGCUGCUCCAUCUGCCUGGGCAAGUUCGUCUGCCCCUCCACGCUGAGCUGCGGACACUCGUUUUGCCUGCGGUGCCUGGAGGCCGCCUGGGAGACGGCGAGCAGCUUCAGCUGCCCGCAGUGCCGAGCGACCUUCCCUGUGCGACCCCAGCUGAGGAGGAACGUGGCCCUCGCCAACCUGGUGGAGCAGCUCAGAGUUGGAGACGGGAUGGCCGCGGCCAUCGUGUGUGACCAUUGCAGUGGUGGCCAGACUCCUGCAGUGAAGACCUGCCUGAGAUGUGAGAUGUCCUACUGUGCGAAGCACUUGAGGCCUCAUGUAGAGAAUCCCAGGCUGAGUGAUCACGUCCUGGUGGCUCCCAUCGCGAACCUGGAGGAGCGACGGUGCGGGGAGCACAGAGAGGAGCUGAAGUACUUCUGUGAACAGGAUGAGAGCCCGGUCUGCACAGGGUGCACCAUCACUGGAGACCACUAUGGACACAGAGUCAUCACGGUGGAAAAAGCGCAACAGACAAGACAGGAGGAGCUCAGAGUCAAGAAGGAGGGGAGAGAGGAGAAGAGGAACACGGCGGCGUCACGGGCACGGACACUCAGGGACGACUACCGUCGCGUGGAGGAGUCUGUGCGUGGGAUCAAGGCGCGGAUCAGCCGAGAGUUUGAGCGCCGGAGGGAGCAGCUGAAGGAGGAGGAGAGGGAGGCGCUGAAGCGCGUGGACGAGGAGGGCCGCUCCGUGCUGUCCCGCAUCCAGGCGGACAUCGCUCGCUACGAGAGCAGAGCACGCGGCCUGGAGCAGGAGAUCAACCAGCUGCUCGCCGCCCUCGCCGUGCAGGACCCGCUCUCCUUCCUGCAGGAUCCCCUGCAUGAGAGUCUCAGGAGCUCGGACUCGCAGGGGACCCAGGAUGCGCCUCCUCCCACAUUCAGUCACCAAGAGCUCACAGAGGUCAUCUCGCUAGGAGGAGUGAAUACGAAGCGCAUUGCUCUCGUGUAUGGACGCUCACCUACUCUGGACACAAACUCAGCCCACGACCGCCUCCAGAUUUCCUCGGAUCUCAUGACGGUGACGCAGAGCCGUGUCCCACAGGGUCGCCCCCAUCACCCACUCCGCUUUGAGUACCAUCCACAAGCCCUGUGCUCUGAGAGCUUCUCGUCGGGUCAGCACUACUGGGAGGUGGAAGUGGGGAGCGCGGUGCGGUGUCGGGUUGGAGUUGCGUACGGGACGAUCCCACGGAGAGGGCUUGGUGCUGAGUGCUGCCUGGGAGGGAGCGACGUCUCCUGGUGUCUAGAGAAACUUGGCGACAGCUUCUCAGUGCGGCAUGGCGGGGUAGAGACGUCACUGUCGGUGCCGCAGCCUCCGCGGAGAGUCGGGGUCCACCUGGACUGGGACGCGGGGCUGCUGUCGUUUUACAGCGCCGACUCCAUGGCGCUGUUGUACUCGUUUAAUAAAACUUUCACUCAGCCCCUACACCCUGGGCUGGUGGUGGGUAAAGGUGCCUCAGUGAGGAUUGUGGAUCUGAGUGGUGCGCCCUGAGAGAGGUGAACGUGAACAGCGCAGAGGGCAGACGCCACCACGACGCACGGCGCUUGCCACCCUCGUCACCGCCACGCGCAGCGCCACGCCCGUGACUGGCUGGUGGCUGUCGGUGGCUCGGGGCUGCGUGGCUCUCCAUCACAACGGGGGGGCUGAGCGUAAACAAUCCUCACAAUCUUCAUAGGGAGGAGGGGUGAUAAAAUAGGUACCGCUCUGUGUGUGUGUGAAGCCAGCGUGGAUGUAUUCACCCUGCCAGAGGAGUGUGACUGUGGUGUAGGGUGCAGUGAUUAGCAAUGGUGAACUGGGAUGUGUUUAUACACUGGUGGUGUAUUGGGUUGUGGGAGAAACACAACAACAAUAAUAUUAUAUUCUUUACGUUUUUUCGAUAAAGUCACGUAGAUAAAAAAAAUAAAAAAAGAAGAAAAAUAUGAUUAAUGAAAUAAUAAACAUUAAAUCUAAAUUUAAAAUGUAAAACCAAAAAUUCAUGACGUCAAUAAAAGAUUUAAGUCAAAUCAAUAAUAUUAUU